AAAAAAGAAUCUUAAGGAGGCUCAAAACCAUCUCCAAAGCAUGAAAGCUAUAUAGCUAAAAUAUUCAAUUACAAUACAUCUCAAAAAUAAGGAAUUCUGAAGAAAGAAUUGCCAUUAUAAGACCAUUAAAUAUGUAAUUAGGUAUUUAUAAGUUAGUUAUUUUAUGAUUACAAAAUCCCUUUAGUCAGUGAAAUUACAAGAAUCUCCGAUAUAAAAAGGCAAGGAUGAUCAAACAAAAAAAAAGAAGAUUAAUCGAGUUGUUUUCAAAACUGAAAUUGACGAAAACAAAAACCUACCAUUAGGAUUUCAAACACAGCGAAAGAGUUAUGAUUGUGUGGCAGUAGAGAAUAAAAUCAGUAGUUUCAAUCUCAUUUCUAGUAUGUUUGAAUUGGAAUCUAAGAAUUUAGAUCUUUAUAUGGAUCUUUAGAAUAAAACUACUCUAAUUUAAUAAAUGAAAACAUAAAUUGAAUAACAAUAAAUUAGACAUUAAUAGUAAAUUAGACAACAUAGUUAAGAAAAAAAAGAACUUCUCCUAAAGUAAAUAUUAUCGUUAUUAAAUAGAAUUUAAAACCUAGAAAAAUAAUGUGAAUAACAAAAGAAAUAUAUUGAAUAAUAACCUUAAUAUGAAUUUGAAGCUUAAGAAUGGAAAAGUAGAUUCCUCAAAUUGAAUAAAUAAUUCCACUUGUAGUAGGAAACCUUAGUUAGAUUAGAAGCUGAGUAAUAAAGUAGUCAACGAAGAAGAAUAGAUGGAUAUAAUUUUCUUAAUUAAUAGAAUUGA